CCGCUGCCCCGCGCCGGCCUGGGCGACCCCGGCGUGACACCCGGUCCUGAGACUCCCUUCGGCGCCCAGAACGCUUCGGCAGCAUCCGGCCUGUGGGAGGGGGGGAGGGAGGGAGGCGUCCUGAGCCAGCCUGGCCCCUGCUGCCCUGCGCUCCCGUGCGGCCCCAGCCCGUCCUCCGCACCCCGAGCUUCCCGGGCUGGCCCCCGCCCUCUGCGUCCGCCCAGCGCUUUUGCAGGCGGAGGGUGCGGACCGAUAGCCCCCCGCCGCCCGGCUGGCGGGUCUUGGCGAUGGUGGGACCGAGUAGGGCCUGAGCCCUCGGAGGCGCUCUUCCCCCGGCCUGGAGGUUCCGGGAGAGUGGCCUCCUGCCUGCCUGCCUGCUGGAGGCCUAAGCGUGCUGAGUCCAGCUGCCCCUCGGCCUCCCCGCCACCUGCUUCCCUGUUUCCCUGUCCCGGAGCGCCACCCCAGAGAAGCUGAGGAGGAGGGCGAGGGGACGUGGACCCUUCCGGACCCUCCGAGUUCCAUCUACCCACGCCGAGCUCUGCCAGCACGCCCGCCUGCCGCACUUGUUCUGUCAGGGCAGAGGCCUGGGCUGGCCUUGGGGCUCCAGGGCCAGAGAGGCAUCACCCAGGGACUCUGCCGGGAGCCUGCCUGACACGGGAGGGAUGGCUGGGGCAGAGGCCGUGGUGGUGGGGUAUAUUAUCAAGGGCAGGCAUGGCUGGGGCAGAAUUCUCUGUAGGUAGGGUGUGUCACCUGGGGAAGGACAUUCUGGGUCCUUGGCAGGGUGACUAUAAAAGCACACUGGCAUGAAGGCCUAGGUGGGGCCAUAUCUGAAGGGCUGGGGCAUGCUCUUCGAGUCGUGGGUAGAGCCAUGAGCCCUUGCCCUUUGUCCUCAGCCAGUGUGUGCCUCCCACAGCAGCCACAUGCCCCUGGAUUGAUGUCAGGAACCACCUCUGCAAGCCUGGCUUACCACAGGGAGCCAGUCUCCAGGACAGGAGAGUGAGGGAGAGGCACUGGCUCCGUGGCACCCACUGUGUCUGGGGGGCAUCCAGGAGGCUGGCUCUCUGAGGGCCUGGGGAACAGGAGAGCAAAGAAGGGGAGCACUUAGAUUCAAGAGCCCAGCCCCUAGGGGAUGGAAGCCUAAGGAUCCUGUGAGGCAUGAGUAGGGGGUGACCUAGGCCUGCCUUGUCGAGGGGCUGUCACUGUUUCUGUGGUGACCCAGUAGUACCAGGUCUUUGGAGGCCUCAAGAGAAGCUAGGAAUCUGGGCUCUUAUGUGAACCCAUCUCAUUGUCACAUGUAGAAAAUCUGUCUUAAGCCCCUGGUGAAACCAGACUUAGCCAGUCUGAGGCCAGAUUGGAACCUGGCCUCCACUUUGCAGCCAGCGGGCGUCCAGGAACUUGAGGGAAGGACCCAGGAAGUGGAAUCUGCAGGGAAGGAAGGAGGUGGGCAGGGAGCCAGAGAGGAAGGACAGCAGGUGUGGGCAUCAUCCUGGAAACCCAAGGUCAAGCCCAGGACGGCCUCUUAGACCAACGCAAAGUGGACCCUGGAGAAGGGUUUGGGGCCCAAUUUCCUACCUAGCCUGUGAAGCAGCUCUGGCAGCACUCAAACUGUGGCCCUCGGCCAAGCACCUGCUGAGGAUCUGCCCAGGGAGGCAGACCCCUGGGGGCGGCCCAGGGUCUCAGCCACGCAGCGCUCCCAGCCUUCAGGCUGUCUGCCUCCCCAGGCCUGGCCUUCAGCAAUGAUGGACACCCUCCUUGACUCCUAGGAGGUUGCAGAGUCUGGAGAGAAGGCAGACACCUGCCACACACAUGCAUGGUGACAGCAGACCGUUAUCGGGCCUGAUAUCCGCCUAUGCCCCUCUGAGCCUGUCCCUAUGCCCCUCUGAGCCUGUCCCUUUUCCCUGAGUACAGGGCACAAAGGUUGUGCCCCAGCUUGGCUCUUUAAUCUUUCCCCAACCAAGAGGGAAGCAGGGGGAACUGUGGUUUGUGGGCCCCAGGGUGUCCUAAUGACUCGCCUCCAGGGGAGGGUGACACAGCCUCCAGGCCUCACUGCUGCUGCUCUUAACAAUGUGGCCCUGAGGCAAGAAGGUGUGGCAGGGGCUCCCAGGCUGGCCCCUCUCCUCACCUGAGCUGCCUACCCAGCUCCCGAAGGCUAUAGGGUGCCAGCAUGGCUUGGCAGAGCCCUGGCAUGGGGCCUGGCCCAUGGGGAGGCAGUCACAGAGUUGGACCCACAGUCAGAGAAGCUGAGGGCAAGGCGGGUGGAGGAGCUGGCAGGCGGGGGAGGCUGCCCAGGGCCAGGGCCUGCAGUGCGCAGGGAAAUGACAGAAGGGUUGGUGUAGGCGGGAGCCCGUGGGGCCCUUUACCUCCUGGUAAACAGGACCUGGGGGAGAGGGGAGGCCCCUAGGAAGGAAGCCAGGGUAAGGCGCAGGCUGUUGCCAGGGUGAUUCAGGCAGCCUCACCCACCACUGCCCACCCAGCCUGUCCAUCUGAGGCAGUCGUGUGGGACAGAGAAAGCCAGGGUGGGGCUCGGGGGUGGGGGUGGGCAGUGGCUGUAAGUAGGCAAGCGGAGACUGGCAUCUAGGCAGGAGAGAGGUGCACCUGCAGGUGCAGGUGGCUCUGAACCCACUCCUGAUGGCUCUGUAGGCCUCCGCACCUCCAGUCCCAUCCCUGUGGGCAACCGCUGCCUACACCUUGGUGUCGCCCAGCAAUGGGUGAGCCCUGAGGGUAGCCAGCUCUGCAUUCAAGGGGUUAGGUUUCCAGGGUAACCCAGCCCCUGAGCCCAGCGUGGAGCCUGGCAGAUCCGGUAAUCUGACUCCCCCUUCCCUCCCGCCAGGGGCUGUCCAGAGGCUCCGCUUGGCCUCAGCCUUUAGCCCCAGAGAGGCAGGGUGUGGGAGGGUGGGGGCUAGCUUCUUGGGUAAGAGAUACCUCAGGGAAGGUCUACCUGGCUCCCUGCUCCUUAAACCUUUCCCUCCUGCUCAGGUCCACCCCUUCCUCUUCCCCUGGUCACUUGGUACUUUGACCUCCUGCCCCUGUUUCGGAAAGGGGUGUGCCCUGAGGUGACUGAACUUUGCCUGAUCAUGACCUUGAUCAUGCACAGGGCUGCUGGUGGGGUGAGGCCAUCCCACGCAACUCUGGGGUCUGUGAAGCCACCAAGGAUCAAGGAAUGGAAGAGCUGCCUGGGGGUAGAGGGAGUUCUGUCAGGCUUCUUAAACUUGGAGACUUGGAAACAUAAGGCCUUGUAGGCCACAUAGGUUUUCAGAGGCUCGCCUGGCAGAGGCCCUGAGCGUCCUGCUGCAUGGACUGUGGGCACCGAGCCACCAGGAGGUUGUUGAUCUCAUUCUUGCUCACUGGUCCUUCCCAGACUGAUGGUGCCUCUCUACUGUCCGGCAGCCCCACCUGUGUGCUGCCCCAUCCACCUACAGCCCUCAUGCCUGGGCCCAGCUGGAGGUUCUGACAUGGGCCCCCUGGGGUGGCAUGCAGACCCUUCAGGGUGCCCCAGGCGCAGCACAGGUCUCCAGAGACACAGGCACUAGGGCAUUCAGAGCUAGUCCCCUUGCUGCUGUCGACUGUCCUUGAGCAGCCCCAGGACGGGUUUCUCAACCUCAUCUGCUCACCUGAGCAAUGAAGUGAGGUGAGCUCCUGGAACUGCAGCAGCCACCCCCGGGGCCAUUGUGAGGCUAAGAAUCCAGUGCAGGGUGAGCAACCAGCGACCGCCACAAGGACAGUGAAGAACUAGCACCAGGACCUUGGGUAGCCCACCCCCUGGAAGGAGCAUGUGCUGCAAAAAGCAAGAGUGGGCUUUGGAGGCCAACAGACAGAGCGGAUUCGGUCUGAGGCUGUUCCAGCCCUUGCUUAGGAUCCACCUACCUAGGUCUGGAAAUCGUAUUCCCGUUUCAGAUGCCGCCUCAGAGGAUAAAAUAACCCCCGGUAGGGGAGAGUACUGGAAGAGGGCUAAUUCCCCUGUUUUUCUCCCCACAAGCAUUAGUGUCAGUGUAAUUUUAGAGUGACCCCAGCUAUGUCACGUGUGGCAGGCACAACAGAUGUAAAUGAGCUGUUGCAGAGAUGGGCACCCAGAUGUGUGCGCUGGCACACUGAAGGGGCCCGUAGGGCGGCUCUAGACUGCCCCCUCGUGACGGCUUGCGUACCACCUGCAGGCGACGUUGUGGACGUUUACCAGCGGGAGUUCCUGGCGCUGCGCGAUCGGUUGCACGCAGCUGAGCAGGAAAGCCUCAAGCGCUCCAAGGAGCUCAACCUGGUGCUGGACGAGAUCAAGAGGGCCGUAUCGGAAAGGCAGGCGCUGCGAGACGGCGACGGCAAUCGCACCUGGAGCCGCCUAACAGAGGACCCCCGAUUGAAGCCGUGGAACGGCUCACACCGGCACGUGCUGCACCUGCCCACCGUCUUCCACCACCUGCCACACCUGCUGGCCAAGGAGAGCAGUCUGCAGCCCGCGGUGCGCGUGGGCCAGGGCCGCACUGGAGUGUCGGUAGUGAUGGGCAUCCCGAGCGUGCGGCGCGAGGUGCACUCGUACCUGACUGACACUCUGCACUCGCUCAUCUCCGAGCUGAGCCCGCAGGAGAAGGAGGACUCCGUCAUUGUGGUGCUGAUCGCCGAGACUGACUCACAGUACACUUCGGCAGUGACAGAGAACAUCAAGGCCUUGUUCCCCACGGAGAUCCAUUCUGGGCUCCUGGAGGUCAUCUCACCCUCCCCCCACUUCUACCCUGACUUCUCCCGCCUCCGAGAGUCCUUUGGGGACCCCAAGGAGAGAGUCAGGUGGAGGACCAAACAGAACCUCGAUUACUGCUUCCUCAUGAUGUACGCGCAGUCCAAAGGCAUCUACUACGUGCAGCUGGAGGAUGACAUCGUGGCCAAGCCCAACUACCUGAGCACCAUGAAGAACUUCGCACUGCAGCAGCCUUCAGAGGACUGGAUGAUCCUGGAGUUCUCCCAGCUGGGCUUCAUUGGUAAGAUGUUCAAGUCGCUGGACCUGAGCCUGAUUGUAGAGUUCAUCCUCAUGUUCUACCGGGACAAGCCCAUCGACUGGCUGCUGGACCAUAUUCUGUGGGUGAAAGUCUGCAACCCCGAGAAGGAUGCGAAGCACUGUGACCGGCAGAAGGCCAACCUGCGGAUCCGCUUCAAACCGUCCCUCUUCCAGCACGUGGGCACUCACUCCUCGCUGGCUGGCAAGAUCCAGAAGCUGAAGGACAAGGACUUUGGAAAGCAGGCACUGCGGAAGGAGCAUGUGAACCCACCAGCAGAGGUGAGCACGAGCCUGAAGACGUACCAGCACUUCACCCUGGAGAAAGCCUACCUGCGCGAGGACUUCUUCUGGGCCUUCACCCCUGCCGCGGGGGACUUCAUCCGCUUCCGCUUCUUCCAGCCUCUAAGACUGGAGCGGUUCUUCUUCCGCAGUGGGAACAUCGAGCACCCGGAGGACAAGCUCUUCAACACGUCUGUGGAGGUGCUGCCCUUCGACAACCCUCAGUCAGACAAGGAGGCCCUGCAGGAGGGCCGCACCGCCACCCUCCGGUACCCUCGGAGCCCCGACGGCUACCUCCAGAUCGGCUCCUUCUACAAGGGAGUGGCAGAGGGAGAGGUGGACCCAGCCUUCGGCCCUCUGGAAGCACUGCGCCUCUCGAUCCAGACAGACUCCCCGGUGUGGGUGAUUCUGAGCGAGAUCUUCCUGAAAAAGGCCGACUAAGCUGUGGGCUUCCGAGAGUACCCUGUGGCCAGCCCUGAAGCCCACGUUUCUGGGGAUGUCAUCACUGCCGUCCCCGGAGGGCCAGAUACGGCCCCGCCCGAAGGGUUCUGCCUGGCGCCAGGCUUGGGCCGGCCUGGGGUCCGCCGCUGGCCCGGAGGCCCUAGGAGCUGGUGCUGCCCCCGCCCGCCGGGCCGCGGAGGAGGCAGGCGGCCCCCACACUGUGCCUGAGGCCCGGAACCGUUCGCACCCGGCCUGCCCCAGUCAGGCCGUUUUAGAAGAGCUUUUUCUUGGGCGCCCGCUGUCUCUGGCGCGAACACUGGAAUGCAUAUACUACUUUAUGUGCUGUGUUUUUUAUUCUUGGAUACAUUUGAUUUUUUCACGUAAGUCCACAUAUACUUCUAUAAGAGCGUGACUUGUAAUAAAGGGUUAAUGAAG